AUGCCUCGCCGAGCUCAGUCAUCUGAGCUUGCCCGUCACAGACACCUCCGCGGCCAGAGCCUGCCACCGCGGCCCAGAAACACAGCAAUUACCUGUCAGAACGAAAACACAGCAACGUGUGUUUAUGCCAAAACAACAGCAAUCACAGCGCAACGCCUCUCCGGGCUGUGCCCGCCGACCCCGCUUGCCCUGACCGCUGACCCCUGCAGCCUCACGCUCCACGCGGCCCCCCGGCUCCGGGCUUGCGGCUGCCUGACCGCGCCCCCCAGGCUCGGCCGCCUCCGCCCGCUCCCCCUACGUGGUUGCUGCCGAGAUGCUGGCAGGCAGGGUGUCUCUCCCCGGCUGGACUGUUUUUUAUCCCUGUCCCCUUCUCCUCACUUCCUGCCGUACAAAACAGCCCCGAAGCCAGGGUCAGCUUGUCGCUGGAACCACGAGGGGCUGACCGGCUUGCUGUUUCAGGGCCGGGCCCUCAGCAGAUGGGGGGUUGACAUUCACAGUCAGCUCGACGCGGGCCCAGCUGAGCACACGCUGCCUGCCGCGGCCUCUGGGAUUCUCCGCUUGCCAGCCAGCAGUCUCCCUCUGUGCUCUGGUUCAGCCGAGGAGCAACUUUGUUUCUGA